AUGAAGAGUAGUUGUUCGAUAAGAUCGAUUGAGUCAUGUCUGAACGUGGUUGCAACGGCCGUGUAUGUGGAUAAGGUGGGUGGUUUGAGCUGCCAUUCGGAUUGCGACUACGAGCAGGUGACGAUCGCGUUCGGUACACGAGAAGAGUUGGAGGAGGAAACGGCUCAGCAUUUGGAAGUGAUUUUCGCUUUGCACAGAGUCUGGAGAAUUGACCAUUUCGAGCAUGAGGUGAAGGGGUACCCAUGGUUCUUGAAGCCGACACGUAUGCAGUUGAAGAAGAGGUCACCGACGAAUUUGACUGCUGGAAUUGAGACGUGGAUUCGAUUUGCACGGGCUGCGGCUUUUACAAUCAUUGGGCAGCUCCCGAAAGGUCAUCUGUUGCCAGGUGCAAUUUCGAAGAAGUCACUCGAGCGCAAACUAACACGAGACAUCGCAGGCUGCUAUGUGGCUGAGCUCGACGACUACCUUGCGGCGAGAGGUAAGGCAGCUGUCGAGGACCUUUGUCGAGCACAACACGUUAUGAGGAUCGUCAGCGCCAAAAAGGCCAAAGCGAAGGACUUCUGGAACGGUCCCGAGGAUGAUGUCGACACAUCGUGGUGGAAGAAACUUACGCGGAGGGUAAAGAAGACAAAGAAGACGGUUGCCAAAAAGGAAGCACAGUGUGCUGAGGAGGACGACAAGCGGGUAGCCAAAAAGAGCAAAAAGCAUCCGGCCACUCUCAGCAAAACAAACAAGGAAGCCGCCAAAAAAAAUAAGACCAGCUCAAAGAUCACGGCUUUAAACCUCCAAACUGCCGAGGACGACUCCGACUCCGAAGAGGAGACCGAGGACGACACCGAAACCGCCUCUGACGACGACGAUGAAGAAGAGGCCACUGAUUCCGAAUAA